AUGAGCGGCGGGGAGGUGGUUUGCUCGGGCUGGCUCCGAAAGUCCCCGCCGGAGAAGAAGUUGAAGCGAUACGCAUGGAAGAGGAGGUGGUUUGUGCUUCGCAGUGGCCGUCUAACAGGAGAUCCGGAUGUGUUGGAGUACUACAAAAAUGACCAUACCAAAAAACCUAUUCGUAUUAUUGACUUAAACUUGUGUCAACAAGUGGAUGCGGGAUUGACAUUUAACAAAAAAGAGUUCGAAAACAGUUAUAUUUUUGAUAUCAACACUAUCGACAGAGUUUUCUACUUGGUGGCAGAUAGCGAGGAGGAGAUGAAUAAGUGGGUUCGCUGUAUUUGCGACAUCUGUGGGUUCAACCCUACAGAAGAAGAUGCUGUGAAGCCACUUGGCAGUUCUUUACCAGCAUCUGCUGAAUUACCAUUAGCAGUCAACACUUCACCACCAUCUGUACAAGCAGAAUCAUCCCUACCUCCUCCAUAUCAACUAAUUAACAUCCCACCUCUGGAGUCCUCAUCUAGCCAAGAAGAUCCUCAGGAUUACCUAUUGCUAAUAAAUUGUCAAAGCAAGAAGCCUGAACCUAUGAGAUUGCAUGCUGACUCAGCAAAGUCCAUCUCUUCUGAAACAGACUGCAAUGAUAAUGUACCCUCCCAUAAAAAUUCUGCUCCAUCAUUGAGCAAGCAUGCAGUGAACGGCUUUUUUCAGCAACAAAGUACCUAUGACUCUCCGCCACCUCGAGCGGCAUCAGUGUCAGUAGACUGCAGCCUUUAUAACCUGCCUAGGAGUUAUUCACAGGAUGGUUUACCAAAGGCAACAUCUCCAUCUGGGACUGAUGCAGAAGGAGAGCAGCAUGUUUUCAAUACCCCUUCUGCUACAUCUUCAUUAGAUACACAAAUGAGGCAUUUCUCCAUUAGUUAUGACAUUCCCCCAACACCUGGAGGUACUUAUCAGAUUCCACGAACUUUUCCAGAAGGAACUUCGAAGCUAGAGACUAUUCCAGAUAUUCCUCCACCUCGACCACCAAAACCACAUCACGCUUCAGAUCGAUCUCCCGUGGAAACCUGUAGCAUUACUCGUACUGCCUCAGACACUGAUAGUAGUUAUUGCAUCCCUACAACAGGAUUGCCACCAUCACGCAGUAAUACCAUUUCCACUGUAGAUUUGAAUAUAUUUCGUAAAGAUAUUAGUUCUCAAGACUGCUAUGAUAUUCCACGAUCAUUUCCAAAUGACAGAGCUAGCUCACUGGAAGGCUUUAAAAACAGAAGCAUGUUCACAGUGGGAAGUGUUUCAAGUGAAGAGCUGGAUGAAAACUAUGUCCCAAUGAAUCCUAACUCUCCACCACGGCAGCAUUCCAGCAGCUUUACUGAACCCAUCCAAGAGACAAACUAUGUACCUAUGACACCAGGCACAUUUGAUUUUUCAUUAUUUGGAAUGCAAGUCCCUCCACCCGCCCACAUGGGUUUCAGGUCCAGUCCAAAGACCCCUCCCAGAAGGCCAGUACCUGUUGCAGAAUGUGAACCACCACCAGUGGAUCGGAACCUCAAACCUGACAGAAAAGGUCAAAGUCCUAAAAUUUUAAGACCUAAACCACAUGGUUUAGAGCGAACUGAUUCACAAACCAUAGGUGACUUUGCUACAAGAAGAAAGGCAAAACCAGCUCCACUAGAAAUAAAACCUCUGCCAGAAUGGGAAGAAUUGCAAGCCCCAGUUAGAUCUCCUAUCACCCGAAGUUUUGCACGAGACUCCUCCAGGUUUCCUAUGUCUCCCAGACCGGAUUCAGUUCAUAGCACAACUUCCAGCAGUGACUCGCACGACAGUGAAGAGAAUUAUGUACCCAUGAAUCCAAAUCAGUCCACUGAAGACUCAAUUUUGUUCGGCAGCAACAGUCUUGAUGGAGGAAGUAGCCCUAGGGUAAAACCCAAAGGAGAUAAACAAGUCGAAUACUUAGAUCUGGAUCUAGAUUCUGGGAAAUCUACUCCACCUCGUAAGAAAAAAAGCAGUGGUUCAGGGAGCAGUGUGGCAGAUGAAAGAGUGGAUUAUGUUGUGGUUGACCAACAGAAAACACUAGCACUGAAGAGCACGCGAGAAGCAUGGACUGAUGGGAGGCAGUCUACAGAAUCUGAAACCCCAACUAAAAGUGUAAAAUGA